GUCCUGUGACCCCGUUAGCGUUCCAACGCUACUCGGCGGUUGGAGGAAGGUGGAGGGACUUUGGUCCGAGCGUUAUCAUUCCCUCGCAGACCUUCUGCCUGAGCUGAGUGAGUCUCCGCUCCUACUGAAGAGCCGACUCCGUGAAGACUUAUCUGUCCUGUACGUCAUAAGUUUUCCUUUCUUUGACACGAGAGUCCGUCAACCUGCUGUGCUCAGAUUGGUGAUCGGUUCUACUGCAAUGGUUCUGCUCACGGCAAUCGUUCUGGUUUGUGCGGCGUCGGCUGCCGAGGGUGGCGGCUUCACCUUCGGCGACGUCUACGGCACAGACAUCACCUUCGACGGCGUGCCCUACAACCAGCUGCAUUACGAGCUGGACUUCCCCAAUGACUCCUUCAAUCUGGACCUGGAGGCGCUGGACGCGCCACUCAACCAGACGCUCAGGUUCAAACGUCAGGCGGAUGCGGAGACGCGGGCCCUGUUCCGCUCGUGGCCCCAGGGCUCGACGCUGACCGCUGCGUUCGGCUUCAUCAUCCCUUUCCGGCCCAGAGGACAAUUCGAGAUGAGGUUUCCGUUCAUCUUCUUCAUCAACGAGCUGCUGCGGAAAAUAAACAGCGCCUACGGCCGCCACUUUGUUCACGAGCAGUUCUCGAUGUACCGCUCUCUGGAGACGGGGCUGGCCGACGGUCUGGCCAUGGAAGGUCGCGCCUGUGUGCUGAGGGCCAUCUGUGACGCUGCUGAGCUGGAGCUGGCUAAGUUCAGCCUAAUCGGAGAGAUGCUCAGCGUGCUGCUCACGCCAAAAAGGAGCCGUCUGUCUGAAAUGGAGGAGUACAGCAUUGCCUACAAGACAGGCAAAAAACAUGGCAACUGCAAGAAAUACUACCCAGACUGCACACUGAGCCUCCAGUCUCUGUUCCCAGCCGCCUGGCUGGCCAGGAAGAAGUGAAAACAAAUGAUAACAAAUUUGAAUUUAUCUAUCAAGACUCGAGAGUAGUUCUUUUGUUUGAAACGGAUGCGGAUGGAAUCGGUUUUGAGUGUAUUUAGUGUGAUGAGAUAAUGAUUAAGACAGGUCUCAGGUUCCGACUGUACAGCGAGCCGUUUUUUUUUACUCUUUCCCAUUUUUCUUUUUAAGAAUACUUUUAUCUCGCUUGUUUGAUAUAACUGUUCUGUUUAUGUGGAUGAAGUUUAGUACGAACUACGCAAUGCAAUGUAUUUAAUCUGUGAAGUGAAAUAAAUAAUAAAAAACGA